AAAACGAAUACGAAUUUCAAUCGAAAAGAGACAGCCGUAAAGAAUUGUUGUUCGUCGAGAAAACGUCGAUCGACUGCAAAAAUAUUUAUACUCUCCGUUCUAUAACGUUCGCAUCGCGCACAUCUUUAUUUUUUUUAUUUUCUAUCUUCUCACACUUUUUCCUCAUAAAUAAAUAGACAAAAAAAAGUGAUAAAUAAAUAAAAAGGUUUUUCCCGCUUUUAAAAUUUUCUAAAAAGUUUCUCAAAAAAAAUCGAAAACAAAAAAAAAAUCUCCAGAAAAACAAGACAAUUAUUUUUUCUCCAUAACUGAGUGGUUUUUUCUUUCUUUUUUCUACUCCAAUUUUCAACUUAAAAAAAAAAUCCAAAAUACCUACUAUUUUGUUCUUGUAUCUUGUUGUGUGUUGUUGUCAUCUAUCUCUGUCAGUUUUGUCUUGUAUGUUGUUUCGGUAGAGUGUUUUUUUUUUGUGUGUGUAGUAUAGUUGAGUGGAGUUGUGUGUUGUUUAGAAAAAAAAAGGAAAUUUUUCUAUCAACAAAUUAUCUAAUUCUGAUAAGAAAAAAGAGGAAAAAAAAAACAAACAAAUUAAUAAGGGAAAACAAAUUUAAACUUCCCAAAAUGGUGCAGAAAUUUCAAUCCCCUGUGCGGGUGUACAAACAUCCAUUUGAGUUGGUUAUGAAGGCCUACGAAAAACGUUUUCCAAAAUGCCCACAAAUGCCCGUCGUUCUAGAUUGUCAACUUGUAAAGGAUGAAAUUUUCGACAAUGGCGCCCGACGUGAAUCAAGUCGCCGCUGCAAAUUGGCCGUUGACGCCCCAUAUUUAUUUAAAAAACUAAUCGGUGUCGAAGUAGUAUAUUUUUUGCAAACAAAUUUCUUAGACAUGGCCAAUAGGACACUGAGCAUUGAAGCAGUCAAUGAAAGUUUCUCAUCGCGUAUUGAAAUUUUCGAAAGAUGUCGCUACUAUGCCCAUCCGGAAAAUCCCGAUUGGACAUGUUUCGAUCAAACAGCAACCCUGAACAUUACAAAUUUCUUUGGAUUUGAAAAUUCAAUGGAAAAAAUGGGCAUGAAGCAAUAUACACAGACAACCUUGAAGGGCAAAGAAAUUAUUGAGUAUUUUAUUGAGGAAUUGAAGAAUGAAGGAAUUACACAUGUGGAACGUUGGCAACCACCUCUCGAUGCACCUGCAUCGCCGGUAUCAAAAGAACCAACAUCGCCAAUUAAUCAUGAAAUUAUGUUGGAUGGAGAUUUUAUUGCGAAAUACUUGGGACAAUUGUCACCAAUGCAAGAGUCUAAAUUGUUAGAGCUGAGAAAAUUAGUUGCAGACAUCGAAGGUAUCGAAAAGAUUCCAAGCUAUCAGACUUUAUUACGGUUUCUAAGGGCACGUGAUUUCCAUGUGGAAAAAGCUCUUAAUUCUCUAAAGGAUUCAUUGAAAUGGCGUGCUGACAAUAAUAUUGAUAAUCUGUCGAAGGAAUAUAAGGUUCCGUCGGUAGUUGUGAAUCAUUUUCCUGGAGGAUGGCAUCAUAAAGAUAAAAAUGGCCGUCCAAUUUAUAUUCUUCGACUUGGUCAUAUGGAUGUUAAGGGUCUUCUGAAGUCCAUCGGAACUGAAGGACUCUUAAAGUUGUCAAUCCAUAUCUGCGAACAGGGAAUCAAAAAAAUCAAUGAUUCUGCCAAGAAAUUGGGAAAACCUGUUCUAAGUUGGUGUAUAUUGGUGGAUCUCGAAGGACUAUCAAUGCGUCACCUAUGGCAGCCGGGAGUAAAGGCUCUUUUAAAAAUUAUCGAAACUGUUGAACAACACUAUCCCGAGACUAUGGGUAGAGUAUUAGUUGUUCGUGCCCCACGUGUCUUUCCAAUUGCGUGGACAAUCGUUAGUGCAUUUAUUGAUGAAAACACACGUUCGAAAUUUCUUUUCUAUGGUGGUCCCGAUUGCAUUCAUAUGAAAGAUGGAUUAGAACAAUAUAUUGAAUCUGACAUUAUACCAGACUUCUUGGGUGGACCUUGUAAGACACUUAUCCAUGAAGGUGGAUUAAUUCCAAAAACUUUAUAUAAAAUGAACAGCGAAGAAGAAGAAACCCAAGUUGAUGGAACAAUAGCCCAUGAACAUCAGAAUCUCUAUAAAACCGUCGAACUCAAGACUGGAUAUAUUCAUGAAGUUGUUAUUAAAAACAAAGAUCCCAAAAGUGUUCUAACUUGGGAUUUUGAUGUGAUGCGUAGUGAUUUGCAUUUUACACUUUACAGAACAACGAAAGAACUACCCCAGAAAAAUGACUCUUCCUCAUCAUUCUUUGAUGCUACUGGUUUUGUGGAAGGUGAAAAUUAUUAUAGAGAAGAACCAACCACUGUCUGUCGCCACAAAGAAAGUGUUCAGGGCUCCCACGUACUAACUGAAACCAACACAUACGUCCUGCAUUGGUUUAGUCCGACAUCUGGUGUUGAUGGUCCAGCGCAACUAAAUUAUUUCUAUGAAAUUCUUAGUUCAGCAAAUUACAAAGGAUCAAUGACAAGCCUUCAAUCUGGAUUCUCGUCAUCGAGUGCAGCAAGUUCGUGUCAGUCUCGAUGAUAUGAAGAAAAUGAAUGCCACGCUUUGACACCAACAAUGCCGUCGCAUUCAACUAAUCAUAUUGGUUGAGUUAAAAAUAUUAUUUCUUUAUAUUUUUUUUGCGAUUAUUUUUUUUUUAUAUAAAAUUACUAAUUCAAUAAUAAUUUAAUAACAAUUAGUUUAAUUAAUAAUAAGAAAAGAUAAAAUAUUUUUCUUCCUAUUUCUGUGUUAUAUAUUUGUUAUAAUUUUUUUUCUUUCUUUUGGCAAAGAAUCAAUCAUUCAUUAUUGUACGAAAGUAUACUUUUAUUGAGUAAAAAAAAAAAUAUAUUAUUUAUUAAAAAAUAUAAAAAUAUUUAUAACAAUUUUCUAUAAAUUAUAAAUUCAAUUCAAUUUAGGCAAAUAUUUAUUUAUAUUCAAAAUUUAAACGAAAAAAAACUAUACAAUAACAAG